AUGACGUCGUUCAUUGCGUUGCUGAUUGUCACCGUGGUCACUGUUGCAUCUGGUCAACAGUACCGACCUCUGCCACCGGAUGUUGAGGAAUCGCAGUUCGCCUAUCAGCUGAAGAGCUUCCGCAAUUCGUUGGACGAAUGUGCUGAAUAUUUGGAGAUUCCUAAAGAGUCAGUCCAACAGCUUGUGGCCAACAACUAUGUUACCCAGGACAAAGAAUUGAAAUGUCUGGUUCGUUGUGCUGGCAUCAACUCCGGCUGGUGGAAUGAAACUUCCGGUGUGCAAGGACCUGUCAUGGAAAGCUACUUCCAACCGGGUGCUGAUGAUGCGUGCUAUGAAAGACGCACUCGCGAGUGCAUUGCUGCUAAACUAGCAGUUUGUCAGAAUGAUUGUUCCAAAGCUUACGAGUCAUUCCUUUGCUACUACCACCAGUGGGGUAACCUGAAAUGCGGUGAACAGUACAUUCCGUUGACGCCCCUCGAGCAGACUCAGGUAGCUAUUGACUGCAUCAAUAUUUUGCGAACCCCACGAAACCUGCUCGAACAAUACAGUGCCGGAGUUGUUCCAGAUGUGCCAGAAACCCGCUGUCUGUACCGAUGCCUGUACAUUGCCGAAGGAGUCUACGAUCCCGCCUUAGGGUUCAACCUGCCGCGUUUGUACGUUCGAAAGUAUCAAAUACCGGCUCCGGAAAUUUUGAGCGAUAAAACCAAACAGUGCAUUGAUGCCGCUCUGAAGGGCAGCUGCGACGAAUGCAGCCGUGUUUUCCAGGCUAAAAACUGCUUCUCACUGUACGGUGUUCCGAACUCAACCGCCAUCGUUCUGAAGAAUGCAGCGGACAUUCUGCUGGGACAGUCGCCAUCCUGUCCGGCUCCACCGCCGCCUUCUAACCCGCGGUAUAACUACAAUAAGUAG